AUGAAUGUGAGCAACAAGUCAGACAAGCCCCCUAGCUCCUCCUUUUCCAGCAACUCCAAAGCACAAGAGACCAACUCUUCCAAACAUACUGAUCAAAGAAGCAAUUCACGCAAACCUCUCUUUUGUACCUACUGUGAAGAUACUACUCAUCUAGUCGACAAGUGUUAUUAUUUGCAUGGUUUUCCUAUUUGGCACAAGCUUCAUGGCAAAGAUGUCAAGCCACCCAAUCGCUCCAAGAAACCCUCCAUAGCAAAUCAGACACAAUCUACUCCACCACCCGCCGCAGAAGGACCUGACUUCGAAGAGGACGAUUGGCCUGGGGAAACAAGUUAA